UCUGAAAACAAUUCUCAUAUAGAAAUGGAGGCAGUUUGACCAAGAGGGGCCAUGUGGUGCUCUCUUAUGUAAACAGGACCGGAGCCGGAAAAACGAGAUGGCGCGGUGGUUCUCGUCUCCUGUCUACUCUAGUGGUCCGGAAAUGCCAAUAGACGUAAAGGACGGGGUAUUUGUCGUCCUCCCGGAAGAAGGAACGUGGACAGACCUGGAGCCAGCCUAUCAAACUGUGAUGCUGGACGAAAAGGACGAAUUCCUCUGGAUAGAGACAACCUGGACUAAGGUCAGCCUGACGAGACUGUCGCCGAGCUUGAUGGACUUAAAACUCCGGGGGACGGUGGAAGCCCGUGGGUGGGUCUACCUAUCCCAGGAAAUGGAAAAUGCAAUGGUUAUAGGAUUAGUACUGGGCACGGCACCGGUCCAGUUGUUUAGACAAGCGGAACGAGAAGUGGUAUGGGCGGCCUGUCAGCGGGCGGAAAUGGAAAUGGACAAAGUAGAGGUGCGAGUGGAGCUCGGGGACAGGGGAAAUAUGAGACGGCCCCUUAGGACGAUGAGGUGCGUGCUACCCCCGUUUCUGGUGGACGCGGUCUUCGGGACCAGGGGUAGAUUGGAGCAAAUAUGUCGGUCAAUGGCGCCCUUGAGGCUGUACCAGUGCCCUCGACAGGGCUUCUUUAAACUGUCGGUAGAAAAAGGGUCGUUCGGAGGGAACUGGGUGGAGGAAUUAGCUGAGGUAUUGAACCUCCUCAACAAGGAUGAUGUCUUUGUCCCUAGCCCAGUGCAUUGGCGGAUAGUUUAUCGAAACGUGGCAGUGGGUGAGACCUUCCUAGAAGGACUAAAGGACUUGUUCCUUGACGAGGAGGAGGAUUUUAAGUAUAAGGCGAGACUCAUUGAAGAGAAGAUGGCUGGGAACGAAAGAGACCUUCUGGGAGAAGGGUCACGAGAGGAACGCAGGCCCAGCCAGGGUAGAGUCAGGCACGGAGGGAAGGAUAAUAGCCAUACGGGAACGCCCAGCAAGAAAGAGAAGGAAAAGGGGGACUCCCCAGCUGUAGAGGCGGAAAAGGCCAUGACCCCACAUGCUAUGGACAGUGGUGCUAGCUGUUUGCCCGCCACGUUGAAAGUAACGAAGGGGUGCGACGGACUUUGGAGUCUAAGAGAAAGGGUGCUAGGAUUGUUUGAUCCGGAGGGUACGCUAAAGGCUGGGGAAAAGCAGAGGGAUAGCAAGGAAGGGGAAGGGACCAGUACGGUCGAUGCCAAGAAGAAACUCACUUUCGACGGGGCAAACAUUACGGAGUUCCUGAUAGACUACGAGAACCUGGCAGCCUUGUUGAAAUGGACUCAGGAAGAAAAUAUGGACCACUUAGGGCAGCAUGUGUCGCUAAGCUUAGGAAGGGACAUUAUGGCUAUUGGCGCCUCUAGUGGAUCCUGGAAAGAGACCCGGAACGAGAUGAUGAGGAAGUACCUGAAGGCAGAGAACAUGGCAACAGAAGCUGAAUUGGCGGUAGUCCAAAGGAAGAACUACGCGACUAACAACGACUUCCUAAGGGUGUUUACUCUAGUAGCACUACGAAUUCUCGGAGUAACAGACCGUAUAAUGAAGAUAGAGGAGACCCCGAAACCACAGGAGCAAGAAACAGAAGAGGCCGAGGCACCGCAAGGGGUCUCCAACCUCCAGAGGAUUCCAGGGGAUCUAGAGGACCUGGAAAGAGCCUUUGCAGACAUCCGCCUAAGCCUACCGGACCGAGAAGGUGGUGAAGUCAUUAGGGCGCUACCCGGGACGAAGCUUAGCUUUCAUGCAUUGCCCGUUGGAAAGUUGAAAGUCCAGAUCGGAACCCACCACACAGAUGCAUUAGUGGACGGUGGUGCGGAGAUUACCCUCAUACGACGAGACUUUGCAACAAUCACGGGUUGUACGGUGAACAGGGAAGUAACGGGAAGUAUCCGGGGAGCCGGCGGCGAAAUCCCCUUCGCAGGGUAUGUCACCAAGUGCGCAGUUAAGGCAGGAAUCCGGGAAUCGAUCUGGUCUUUUCGGCGAAUGACCGUAAUGGAAGACAUGGACCAUGACAUAAUCCUCGGGAGACCAUGGUGCGCCAACGUAGAAAUAAUAGGCAUGCAUCUGCAUGAUGGCACGUAUAUAGUGGAUAUAGAGGACCCAGUGACCGGCCACGGAGAACUCCUCCGACUCCUUGGGACCGGAGGGGACCCUCCGAAGGGCAAGUUGGCAACCUGGUCGCCAAUGUUCGAAGAAAGUGCGCGAAAGGGGGCAUUCGCACGGAUGGAAGGUAUGAGGGAAAGAGUAAAGAUCAUGAUUGAGGAGGCCUUUAACAAAAAGGAAUGGAUCAAAAUGGGUCUGCCUCUGAAGAAAAGAAGGCAAGAGGACGAGGUCCUGGAGGCUAUGGUGGCAGAGAAGGAGUCGAAAGUCGAACUCGGGGUCAACUUGCCCAAGUCAAAGGAAGGUCGGAAGGAAACACCGGACGUAGUGCUUGAGAUUCCGGACUUGUUACAGCUCGUUAAGGCUAUCAAGUACCACAAAGUGGGGGUGGACCCGACAACGCUUGCCAAAUUCGAAGACGAGGUCCGAAAGGGCUACUGUCUGAACGGGAAGCUAGUAUACCUAUUCGGAAGACGAUUUAUCCUGAGAAUCGAUCCGACCAACGUCGUCGGGGCAUUAAAGAACUACAAGCCUAUAGACCCGACCGUUGGGAGAUGGAUAGGCUUUAUAUGGCAAUUCGACUACAAGGUCGAACGAAUUGCGGGGCUCCGAAAUAGGGCAGACGGGCUAAGUAGGGUGUGCAUCACGCCGGAGGGAAUAGAGGAUGCGGAGCUAAUCGAUGCCUUCCUGGAGUACGAAGGGGGAACCCUUGUCGUAGAUAGCGAGAUGACGGGCGCCGCCUCUACAAUAGGGCAACUGUUGAUUCAGACCCUGGAAAAGGGCGCGCCUGCCAUAGUUGCGGAACUCGGGGAAGGGCCAGUCACUACAAUUAGACGCAAAGAUGAGAAGGAUUCGUGGGGAGCAACGAUGGGGCCGAAGGAAGAACUGGUGGCAAUGGCCGUUGAAGGGGGUCGGGAUGCUGUGAUGUGCCUAGUAGAAACUUGGACGCGAAGGGAGCUACAGUGUCUAGUGAAUCAGGCUCAAGAGGAGCAAGACACCAAUCGGGAGGGACGAGAAUACUUCCUUGUACAGAUGUAUGAUGGCAUCUUCAGAGAAAUCGGUAUGCUGCUUAUAGGAAACAAGCAGCCUAUGGAAGUCAUCCCCAAGGCAAGGGAGGAAGCCGAAAGGCAUGUUUUGAGGAACGGCCACCUGGUCAAGAAAGAAGAGGGAAUGACGCCUAGGCGUGUCGUGUGCAGAAGGUCUAGGCAGUUUGACAUAAUUCAGGCGAUUCAUGAUGGGCUAGCCGGAGGGCACCGGUCAGGGGGAAGGAAGCAAGGGACCAGGGGACCCUCACCCCUGAGAGAAGGGGGACCAAUAGAUCUCCCGUCUGACAGUGACAGCAGUAAGGGGGAGAAUGGAAGCCCAAGGAAGAGGCAGAGGUUGGAUGAGGAAGAGCCCAACGAGGUCAUAGACCUCAGUAGUGGGGAGGAGGACGACGAGGUUACAAAGCCAACAAAAGAAGUACGGGCAAGGGAUGAGGACCCGGGUGAUGACAAGGACAAAUGGAUAAAAGAGUUCGGGCCGUCUUGAUGUGACUGGUUUGAUCAAUGGUCUAGUAUCAUGCGAUAUGAAUGAGCGAUCAAACGAAAGGAAAAGCUAAGCAGGGGAGAAGAUAUAGCGCCAACAACCUUCUUCAGGGAAGGAAGAAGCGCUCCUUGAUCUGCAAAGAACGAAGAGAAGGAUGCAGCAGGAAAUCGACGAUCCCGCGAGGGAGGCUCGACACAGGGCAACUGAGCAACAGGGGGACAAUAAACAUAACAGGCAAUA